UUCUAAUCAAGUGUAUCGAAUGUCUCCCGUUAUAUCCCUGAGAAACAAUACAAUUUUGCUAGCUCUACACAACAAAAUGUCUCGUCGGUAUGAUUCAAGAACAACAAUCUUUUCCCCUGAGGGAAGGCUUUAUCAAGUUGAAUAUGCAAUGGAAGCUAUUGGACAUGCAGGGACGUGUUUAGGAAUAUUGGCAAAUGAUGGUGUCCUCCUUGCAGCAGAAAGACGAAACACAAACAAACUUCUUGAUGAGGUUGCAUACUCCGAGAAAAUUUAUAAACUGCAUGAUGACAUGGUAUGUAGUGUUGCUGGGAUCACAUCAGAUGCUAAUGUUCUUACAAAUGAACUCCGUCUUAUUGCACAAAGGUAUUUGUUGCAAUAUCAAGAACCGAUUCCCUGUGAACAGAUGGUAAGCACCCUGUGUGAUCUCAAACAAGCUUAUACACAAUUUGGAGGCAAAAGACCAUUUGGUGUGUCAUUAUUGUACAUGGGAUGGGACAAACAUUAUGGAUUCCAGCUAUAUCAGAGUGAUCCCAGUGGUAACUAUGGAGGUUGGAAGGCUACAUGUAUAGGGAACAAUAGUGCUAAUGCUGUAUCAAUGUUAAAGCAAGAUUAUAAAGAAGGGGAAACAACUCUAAAACAAGCCUUACAGCUGGCAGUUAAAGUUCUUAGUAAAACAUUAGAUAUGACCAAACUUACAUCAGAAAAAGUUGAAUUGGCAACUUUAACACGUGAGGAUGGUAAGACAAAAAUUACAGUGCUAGACAACAAGACAGUGGAUGAACUUAUCAAAGUUCACGAGGCUGAAGAAGCUAAAGAGGCUGAGAAGAAGAAAGAGAAAUCCUGAAUAAAUUAACAAUAAGAUCUGAAAGGUUUUAAGACGUCAAGUUUCUCGCAUAUUGUAGAAAGUUGACAGCAGAUGUGAAUCAAACAGAUGCAUUGUUCUUCAUUGGAUAUUAAAAUCAUUUCGUUUUAAUACAACACAGACUACUUUGUAAUUUUCUUUCAUUUCCUUUAUAAAAAAAUGAUAGUCAAUAGGAUUUAAUAUUUUAUGGGGGAAAAAUGUCUAUAUAUUGAAAACUUGACUUUUGUAAGGAAGUAAAGCAGUAAAUAGAAAAGUGAAAUUAUUGCAGCAUAAGUGUCUAUGAUAUUCUUAAAGUGCUUCUUGUAUGAAAAAUUAAUUCAUAUAAUUUACAUUUAUAUAUGUCUGAACUGUCAAUAGUUGUGUGUAAACUUACUGUUAAUGUUUGACAGAUCAUUUUGAAUCUACAUUAAAUAAAUAUUUUGAUCAAAUGUC